UUUUUAACUUCAAUUUAGUGUUAAAUUUUAAUACGCGUUUGUCGUUCUGUCCUUUGCCGUGUAAGAAUUCCACAUAAACAACACUGAAAUUAUGAUGCUGCACGAGGCUGUGAUGCUGGAGAUUUACAGGCAGGCGUUGAAUGCGAGUGAAUUGGCCAGUCCACGCUGUCAAUCACGGGACUCAAAUCAGUCAGGAGCUGCCGUAGAUGCUCGUUGUCCUUCAACUGAAUCCCAUUGCUCGCAAAAUGAGAGCUUUACACAUGAUUCUGCACUUACACCUACAGUGUCUCCUGUUGGUUUACCACUUCCAGCGACAUUAGCACCUGCUGCGGCCGCUGCACUUCUACCGCCGCAGUCGGCAGCUAUGGCUGCUUACUUGAAUGCGGCAGCAGCGGCGGCAGCUGCACAGCAAAACCAUUUGCUCUUAACAAAUCCUUUAGCUGCGGCUGCUUCAUUGGUACAACAGGCAGCUACGCAGUCUCAUUCCCCCUCGCAUAACACAAGGCACACAUCCGAUCUUUCGACCUCACCCAUAGCCGAUGCAGACGCUGGGAUCUUAGAUUUUAGCACAAAACGUGGCCGGCGUGAGUCAGAAAAUGCCAGCGAUGAAGAAGACAUUGACGAAUCUAAUAAUGCAAUUGACACUGAAGGUGUUCUUGCUGACGGUAAUGCUGAUGAUGCUAACAGUCCCUUGGACUUAUCUGUCGGCACGGGUCGCAAAAGAGAGAAUACCGAUGAUAGUGAAGCAAUACCACCUUCGCAUAAAAUAUCACGUUCCAGUGAGUAUAAAUCUGUGCCAGCUGGUACUUGGGUACCACCAAUUAAUCCAUAUUUAGCAGCUGUAGCAGCUGCUAGCUUAUCGCCAAAAACGUCAGUAUCAUUGGACUGGAAUGGUAAGCAGAAACUCCUACCAAAUGAAGCUACAAAAGCACUGGAGAAAAUGACUGAAAUGACAAGACUUGGAACGGCUACAGAAACAGAAGUACAAGCGAUUAGACAGACUAACACGGCAGCUAACAACAGUAAUUUAAGCGGCACUACCAAUGGCCGGCAUAGUGCCUGGCAAUCACACUGGCUCAACAAAGGUGCAGAUGCUGUCAAAGAUGUAUUUAAAUGUGUUUGGUGCAAACAGAGUUUUCCCACAUUAGCUUCGCUGACAACACACAUGAAAGAAACACAACAUUGCGGUGUUAACGUUUCACCUUCAGUUUCUAGUGGCACAGCACCCAUGACAACUAGCAAUAGUUCCGGAAAUCAAACAGCUCAAUCUACACUACAUGCGCGUCACAGUGCCACGCAAAGUGCGGGCAGCAAUUCAUCGUCCGCGGUGUCUUCUACUGCCAAUAAUGUAACAAACUCAACGUCCAGCAAAUCUGAUCUUAAUUUGUUAAUCAAAGAAACGAUGCCAUUACCACGCAAACUUGUGCGUGGCCAAGAUGUUUGGCUGGGCAAAGGAGCUGAACAAACCAGACAAAUACUGAAGUGCAUGUGGUGCGGUCAAAGUUUUCGUUCACUUGCUGAAAUGACAAGUCACAUGCAAGAGACUCAACACUACACAAAUAUCAUAUCGCAAGAGCAAAUAAUUUCAUGGAAAUCUUCCGAUGAUAAGAGCGCUGGCAACAGCUCCUCAAACAGCACAACUAAUACAUUUGGUGCAGCAGCAGUGAAUGCAUCUACAGUGGCCAACAUGUCAACCGCAGUGAACACAGCCACUUCAAACGCUACUGUAAGUGCUGUGCUUACAUGCAAAGUGUGCGAUCAGGCCUUUUCCUCACUGAAGGAGCUAAGCAAUCACAUGGUGAAGAAUGCGCACUAUAAGGAACACAUGAUACGUACGGCAAGCGAUAACAACACAAACAUACAACGGCGUGGCCGACAGACGCGCGAAAAACGCAAAAAGUCAUUACCGGUGCGAAAGUUACUUGAAUUGGAGCGCGCUCAGCAGGACUUCAAGAACAGUAACUGCUUGGAUCCGGCAUUGAAGCCACUGCGCGAUUUUGCUGCGUCUACUAAAAUCACUUGCGAAAAAUGUGGCGAUAAGAUAGAAACAGCUCUAUUCGUUGAUCAUAUACGCCAGUGUUUAGGCGGAAAUAUACCAAUGUCACCUCGCCACAAUAACAACAACAACAGCGUGAAAUUAUCUUAUGUAACACCAUUGGCUAGCCCACAGACUCCGCACAGCCGCAGUGAUAGUCGUAAAACUGCUGAGGAAAACAUUUCUCCCUUGGCGGCACGGCCAGACAUACUAUGUCCUUUGCCAAAAGAUGGCGAAAAAGCGAGCUCAACCCCAUCGGUACUCAAUGCCAUAGAGCAGUUGAUUGAGAAAAGCUUUGAUACGCGUUCCAGACAUGGUGGUACUAUGAGCGCCGCUGGUCAUGCCAACACCCCACUGGGUGCUAGCAUCCUAAAACGAUUGGGCAUUGACGACACUGUAGAUUAUACAAAACCUUUAAUGGAUGCACAAACUAUGCACUUUUUACGCUCCUACAGCAGUUACUCUGGUGGUCGAGAUCGCAGUGCAAGUGAAUCUAGCUCUGUUUCUGAACGCGGUAGCAGCCGUUUAGAGUCUGUUACACCAGAACGUAACUCUGAGAUAUCCAGACAAACUACACCACGUUUAACGCCAGAUAAAAUGGCAACACCGAAUGAGGCUAACUUGCAUGCAUAUCCACCGAGAGAACAGCACUCAAACAUUGAAAAUAUUAAAGUAAAAUCCGAGCCAAGUGACAUUACAGAUUUGCCAACAGACACAGCAGUAGUGACAGCAGAACACAACACAAACAUAAGUCAAUUGCAUGAAAUGCCAAAGAAAAUAUCCGUAAAGAAAGAAUUUAGCAUGACCGAUGACGACGAAAUGGUUCAAAUGUCUCGAAAACUAGCUACCGAACACGAAAUUAAAUUCAAACCACAUACACCGAGUUCUCGCGCAAUAAGUCCCAGCAUCAGCGAGAGAUCACUAACCCCAAAAUCCACUGUAUCUACUGGUGGUGGUAGCAGUGGUAAAAAAUUAUUACAAACAGUUGCAGGCAGUAGUCUCAAUGCGCUCUCCAGCAUGUUUGACAAUUUGAGUAAUAUGACCGCCACCAAUGCGUGCCACAGCAGCAACACAAACACAACAACUGGAGAAACCAACAACAACAACAGCUUGGGUAAAAAGCCCAAUGCAAAUCCUUUGGCUGCAUUGCAAAAAUUAUGCGAAACAACUGAUCCACCUGCGGCAAACACUCGCAGUAGUGCCGGCACCAUGUCAAAUGUGACUACCAUGCCAAACAACAUACCACCGUCAGCCACAAAUGGAGGAAGUACGACUACCGGUGGUAGCAUGGUUGCAUUUAGUUGGGCAUGUAACGACGCGGUCAUGACAGCCGAUUCCAUAAUAAAAUGCUCAUUUUGCGACACACCAUUUUGCUCGAAGGGUGCAUAUCGACAUCACCUUUCCAAAGUACACUUCGUAAAGGACGAUUGUGAUUCACAAUCAUCGCAUGCUAUGAAAUCACCAGGGUUAGCAACAUCUCCAAAAUCUAUAGCAUCACCGAAGAGCUCAUCCAAGAGUCCAGCAGCGCAUCGCACACAGGCAUUAUCACCGUCCAACAUAUCCAGUACACCAACCAUAAAUCCCUACGACGAGAGUCCACAGUCGAAAUUCCUCAAAUACACUGAGUUGGCCAAGCAGUUGUCAUCGAAGAACGUCUGACCGGCUUGAACCGGCAAAGGGUUCGGUGGGUCUAUUAGUCUCUGGGUCCGCUUGCGCAAAUGAAAUAGUCGUAAGGGUGCGAAAAAGUAUGACUUUGGCGAAGAAUACACAGAUUCAGAAAAAAAUGGAAGCACUUUAUAUCCGAAAUGGCUGUGAUCUGUUUGAUCUAUUGUGCUACACCCAGGAAAAGUUUCUCUUCUAACCAGUACAAAGAUUUCGGUUAUAAUUUUUCUUUAUACCAAUCUUUUAAUUCAAAUUUUCUACAAAUAUUGAUAAAAACAUCUUUCAUCGGGAAAGAUAAAGGAAGAUACUGAUUGGUAAUCGUUUUCUGAUAAACACGGAGUUAGAUCCUAGUCCUAGUCUACGUUUUGAAAAUUUAUAUACAAUUUUUCUUGGACAAAAUUUAAUGAACUGUGUUAGCCAAAUGGUUUACAACGUUCUGUUGCAGUUCUCUGGAAUUGCUGAUAUUUGGGUUACCGGAACUCGGAAC